UGAAUGGUAAUUUUACCGAGUGGAGCAACUGGACAUCUUGUUCUCUGUCAUGUGGUAAUGGCACACGAUAUCGAAGUCGUUCUUGCACCAACCCAGCACCUGCUCAUGGUGGAAAGAACUGUACUGGACCUUACAAGGAGACAAAGAACUGCAACACUCAGUCAUGCCCUGUUACCUUGAAGAAUUCCGUUAUUCUCCGUUUUCACGGCAGCAACCAAUAUUGGCAGGACUUGUCUGGKUUCUUGAGUCCAGUGCUUCAAGAUGCAAGUAAAAGUCGUUGGGUGAGAUGUUGGAGAGCUGCUUUUGAUGGAUGGAAUGUGACUAAGACAUUCCACCCCAAGUGUGACAAGCAAGGACCAACAGUUACCAUUGUUCGUGUUGGUAGUUACAUCUUUGGUGGCUAUUCUGAUGUAUCAUGGGAUAGUUCCAAUACCUACGCGUCUUCCACUAAAGCUUUCCUGUUCUCACUGCACAACACACGUGGUUACAGUCCCGUCAAGUUACCUGUUGUAAAGGAUCACCAGCGUGCUAUAUAUAGAUGCGGUCAUUAUGGUCCUAUUUUCGGUGCUGGUCCUUCAUUCGGUGUGAGUCAUGACAUGUACAUAUCUAACCAGGCAUCAAGUAAUACUAAUAGUUACCUCUAUGUGUUCACAUACAAAGCUCCACCUGGCUGUAGCUAUUAUAACUACUGCUCAUUCUACACAGGCAACCAUCUCUUUACACCCAAUGACGUUGAGGUUUUCUAUGAAACCACUAACUAGCAAUGAAGCUGUCUGAAACCCAUUCAACAAGUAAUUGUAAUACUCUUUAGAAAGUUUGUAGGAUUUAUAUUAAAAAAAAACCCUGUUAUGUUGAAAAUUAAGUUGGAUUGCAAAAAAAAAUCAGUGAAAGCACGUAAAUAUGCCGGUUUCUUUCUUUCUUUUGUUCUUUUUUUCUUUCCUCUUGUUUUCUUUUUUAAUCAAUAAUGCUUGCUUCUGAUUUGCUGAUUGAAUCUUCUAAAUUUCUCGGAAUCAAAUGCGGAAGAAUGAAUGGAAAACAAUUACCAGCUUUUUUCAAAUGGAUGAAAGAAAGUCAAUCAGAGUCAAUCAGAACAAAAAACUGAAGAACGACUUUCCGRUAUAAAUCCAUAAAGCUACAAACUUUCUAAGGAAUAAACAUUGUACUAACAUGUACUCAGUAAAGUAGGUCCAAUUGUUAAUGAAUUUUCUCAGAAUCCAUUUGGUUUAUUAAUCCAUAAUKCYACAGCCUUUCUGAGCAAAUAAAAAUAAUUCUAAAGUAGUUCGAGGCUCAAUAUAUCUGAGUUAUUUCAUGUAACCAAGUAAAAGCACAGCUAUAASAUAAUGUAAUGUAGGGUGAUGGUUUAGUCUCAAUAAAAAUAAAAUAUUUGGCA